CACGGCCAAUCGAUUCUCCCCGCUCCUCGAUGCUGACAAUGCUCAAGUGGACGGUGCUCCUGUUUGCUUCCUUUUGUAACACAGAAAGAAAGGGGUCCCUCCAUUCCAAUGAAUGUAUACUAUUUUUACCCUCUUGCAGGAGAAUGUCCGAUAGGGAACUAAAUAAUUAAAGGCCAGGGACCCUUUUUGACUGCAUCAACCAUGGCACUGCUGGCACAGCUCCAACAUCAACCUGCAUCGCAAACUGCUUACCAAAGAGCUGGACGACAUUGUCCUGGACCCCCAACUCACGCCGCUGCCCAAGGACCUGCGCGCCGAGUUCCUGGCUAAGAUCUACGCCGGGCACCAUUUGGGCCUGGACGCCAUGGCAGGCAUUGGCGGCGCCAGCCUGGGGGGAGGAGGGCUGAACCGUGACGCCAGCUCCCCGGCAGGCACCGAUUACCCCCACCACCACCCCCUAAACCAUCACCACCACCACCACCCCCCUCCACCACCCCCUCACCAACGGCUUCUACCACCGCAGUGGCCCCCCAGACGACUACAUGGUGCUGGACCUGAGCACCGCGUCCAGCAUUCAGUCCAGCGGGUCAGUCCAUUCAUCACGCCAGUCGGACGAGGGCAGCGACGAGGGCAUCCUAUUGGAUGACCUGGAGGAGGGGGUGGAGGAGGGAGGGGUCAGCGACGGGGAGGACUGCUCCCAACAUGCCCCGGGGCAGGCAGGGGCCGGGAGGCGGCGGGACCAGGUCUGCGAGGGAGGAGUCGGAGGAAGAUCGGAAGAAGGUCUGACCGGCGCCGACCCCUCCUCCUCGCCGACCGUCCUGUCUUCCACCGGUGGCAGUGGUGGGAUCCUGUGCAGCAUCUGCCACAAAGUGUACAGCAACAAAGGGACCCUACGCGUGCACUACAAGACUGUGCACCUGCGCGAGAUGCACAAGUGCAAAGUGGCCGGCUGCAACAUGAUGUUCUCCUCGGUGCGCAGCCGCAACCGCCACUCUCAGAACCCCAACCUCCACAAAAACAACGUGCCCUUCACCACCAUGGUAGACUAGCCCAACCCCCUGGCCCUCGUCUGGCCAACUCUACCCCCUUCCUCGACUCCCUUCUCACCCCAAACCAUGAGCUCUUACCCCCAGGAACUACACCUUACCACCCCUAGACGUCAUGCACCACAGUUCUCUUUCCCUUCGAUGAGAUCCAGUGACUAUAUACAGUAAGCGUUGACUUUUGACCUUUCCUUCUUUGGAAGAACGAGGAUGAGACACUUGAAGUGUCUUUAUUCCAAAAACUGGCCCUGCCGGUUUCCCAUAAACCCCAUUUCCUAUUUCCCAUAUGUUUUUGUCCAUCUCCAAAGAAUCUAUUCAAACUCUUAUUUGUGACUGUUGCCUGCAGAAAUGAUAAAAAUAUAAAUCUUCUUGUUGUAUUUGUGUAAUGAUAGCUUUUAAAGGAAACCCCAUACAAGAGCAUGACUGCUUCAUUUGUAAAUAAUAUGUCCCAAGAGGCUAUUGGUGUAAAACAAUUGUAUUUGAUGGUUGUUAGCUAUUUCUUUGGUUUUUAUGUCACAGUACAAUACUUCCAGCGCUAAGGUAGGCAAGAAAGAGGUAGCAUCUUUACUAGCUUGACUCAUUUAUGGUAGUUUAAAAACCAGUUUUAAACUGAGAAGGAGAAGAACUAAUGAUCAUGUGACUUGUUGUAUCUACCUGUUAGAUAUGCGGAGGUUGCUGGCAUGCUUUUUUUGUGUGGCUCCUACACCAAUAUCAUUCUCUGUUCUUUUGUUUUUGUUAUCAUUUAUAGCUUUUACUAUACCAAGUCAGUUUUUCGCACUUUGCAACUAUACAAGCGGGAUGUGUAAUAUUAUUACAAGGACUUUGCAAUGGUUUUGGUUUCCGCGAUGUUCGGGGUCUGAGACGGCCACAGUGCCAAGGGGAAAUGACUUGUGGCAGGUUUAUUUUUAUUUUUUUGCACGUGUUCAGUUUCAAAAACGCUAUUUCACAACAAAAGACCCAUAUUUCUCCUGAACGAAACCAAACAUCCGGCCCCUUUACUCAAAUAAUCGUAUUCAGAAAAAGUCUAAAUAUUUCUGCUCUACCAGAUACAGUAACGUGACUGACUACAAUACAGCUGCUGUUUUUCAAGGCAGAAGAUUUAAGUAUUGAGGAAUUUAGUUUGUGUUAUUUUCAUUUCAAGGAGUGUAAACCCAGUGUGUGACUGUAAUAUCACAGUACUUAGCUACAGAGGUUGAAGUAGGCUAAUCUUUCUACUGCAUGUGGUAUUUGUGACCUAAAACAAGCGUUGGUUGAGUGUCCUAUUAUUUUAUACACGUUUCCAUGCAGAAAAUGGCCAUCCUAUCAGAAGUAUUGUGAAUGUCACAUUGAUUAUAAAACAAAGAAAUAGUCCCUAAACUGUGACCAAAAGAAGCAUUGGUUUUUAAAACAUCUAUAAUUUUCUGCCAUACAGUUGUACUUUAACUUACAUAAGUUGAUAUGAUGCACUUGAGUCUUAAGCCUUUUGCUAUAUUUUUUCAGUAUUGAUUUCCAUUGCUGAUUGUCAGCUUCAAAGGUGAACUCUGUGAAACUCUGUCGCCAUUGCCUGGCUGUUUUCGGAGUUAUUUGCAGCCAUUUUCCUUGUUUCUAUACACAUCUUAAGGUACAAAUGUUUCAGAUAACUAGGCAAAGUAGCCAGGGGAAGGGGUAUUUAUUGGCGGGUGAUGUCAUCUUGAUGCAGAUGUCUUGUCCAAUAUCAAUUCCUUUUUUUUUUCAAGAAAAGAAAAAAGAAAGACAGAUCGGUCUUCAUUUUGAGUCUGUGCCCUUGAGUUGAUGGUUAUUAUUGUGUUUUUGUCGUGUUACUAUGGAUGUGAAAAAAUUGA